AUGUACACCUUUCUGCUGAUCCUGGUUCUGGUCCAACUAAUGGCUGGCACUCAGUGUGCGCCUAGCGGCGAGGAUAUAUCAUCGAUUGUCCAUUCGGCUGGCCUAUUGGGCAGCUAUGCGGGUGCCCUGAGUGGCGGUGAGGCCUUGGAUAAAAUCAAUUUCGAUACCCACUCCCACGACUUUGGCGGGGAGCAUUUGGGCUCAUUCGGUGAUCAUUUGAGUGAGGAUCAUUUCCCAGCAGACUAUGGCAGUGAUGGUGGCUCAGCGGGCGUGGAAUAUGCCGAGGCUAGUGAAUUGCAUGCCCACUUCGAUCACGAACACGAAAGUGAACCCGAGAAGCCUGUGCCGGGCAUCGAUCAUGGCAAGGGAGCCUUCAGUUAUAGCACACUCUACGAGUUCAAGGAUCGCGACGAGCAUGAACAGCAUCAGCUGCAACAUCAGCAAUUGGAACAACAAGUGGAACAUGAAUCACAACUGGAUCUCAUUUCCCAUCAUCAUCAAGAUCAUGAUUUCGACUUGCAUUAG